UAUUAUAUAUAUUUUUGUAUAUUUUCAGAAUGAAUGUUCUACAAGAAAAGUCAGCAUCGCCAUAAGAAUGGCUACAAAAACGGUUACUACAUGAACGGAACCACUGCAAACGGGGCCUCUCUUGGGCCGGAAUAUUCCGAGCCAGAAGCCCCCAUCCGUCCAAACCCCGAAAAAUACCUUCCCAUACCAAGAUUAAAAUUUGGAACUGCUGCCGGUCUAGUAUUUCUAAUCUCCGUCGUUUGUUUUGCCGUCAGCUAUGAUGGAGACAUGGUAUUUGAUGAUAGUGAAGCCAUUGUGGGCAAUAAAGACUUGCUACCAGAAACUCCUAUAUCAAAUAUAUUUUAUAACGACUUCUGGGGAAAGAAGUUGGACUCAAAAACAAGUCACAAGUCAUACAGACCACUGACUGUCCUUACUUAUAGACUAAGUUAUUACAUUGGCGGAGGACUAAAGCCGAUCUAUUUCCACAUUCCAAACAUCAUACUACAUGGGAUAGUUUCUGUGUUACUUCUCCGCACCUUCUCCAUUUUAUUCGGGGGUUACACUGUUGAUGUUGACUCAGGGAAGACACAAUUUAUGGCAGCAAAGUCUGCUAUACUCUGUGCACUCUUGUUUGCUGUACAUCCUGUACAUACAGAAAGUGUGUCUGGUAUAGUGGGAAGAGCUGAUUUAUUGUGUGCUAUAUUAUUCAUAUCAUCAUUUCUGCUGUAUGUUGAAGCAUGUGCCACAGACUUACAGAAAAAAGAUGAUAGGUUGACGAUGUUCCGUCCAACAUGUUUUUCUAUGCAGUAUAUGUUUUCUAGUAUGACACUAUGUGCCUUAUCUGUGUUCUGUAAGGAACAAGGAAUCACAGUUAUUGGUAUCUGUAGUGCCUAUGACAUUAUUGUUGUUUGUGGAGUAGAUCUUCUAGAGCUUGUUGGCCUUAGGAGAAAGUUUCAGCGACCUGUUGUUGCCAAUGGUAACGGAAAUGGUAACAGUAAAUCAGAGGAGAGUUCAGUACCUGCCUGGGUAUCAUCAUUAAUCAGACGUCAUGUGAUUUUGUUUUUUUUGGGGUCACGAUUCUUUUCUAUUUUGGGGUUUAAUUAUAAUUAUUUGUAUUCAAUAAAUGCCUGGCUGCUGGUAAAUCCCUGGUGGUUGUGUUUUGACUGGUCAAUGGGCUGCAUCCCUGUAAUUGAAAGUUUUGGAGAUGCAAGAAUUAUAGCUUUGGUCACAGUCUGGGUUAUUAUUGGUACUCUGGUGUGGACAUGUUUGAAGAAACCAAUAACACAGGAUCAAAGGACACUGACGAUGGCACUAGCUCUGAUUAUAAUCCCAUUUUUACCGGCCAGUAACUUGUUUUUCCGUGUUGGUUUUGUGAUAGCUGAAAGAAUACUCUAUUUAUCCAGUAUUGGUUUUUGUAUACUUGUUGUUCUUGGUGUCCGCCACAUCUGCGUUACCUUCCCAAAAUACUCAAAGUAUAUGCUGCUAGGAACAGUGUUUUUACUGUCCAUUUUUACACUACGAUGCAUUCAGAGAAGCAGUCAAUGGCGAAGUGAGAUGGAAUUGUUUUCAUCUGGUCCUCAAGUUUGUCCUGGGAAUGCAAAGGUACAUUAUAACAUAGGUAAAUUACAUGCAGACCAGGGGAAUAUAGAAUAUGCUAUAGAGAAAUACAGGGAAGCUAUAGAGUUGAAUCCAGAGUAUGACCAAGCGAUGAAUAAUCUAGGAAAUAUUCUCAAAGAUAAAAAUGAACUGGAGGAAGCUGAAGAACUUCUAUCUAAAGCUGUAGCUAUCCGAGAAGAAUUUGCAGCUGCAUGGAUGAACCUUGGUAUUGUGAAAGCUUCAAUGAAGAAAUAUGAGGAGGCAGAAAAAUGUUACGGGACGGCAAUUAAACAUCGCAAAAAAUAUCCAGAUUGUUUCUACAACCUUGGUAACCUGUACCUGGAGGUAAAGCAGUAUGAUAGAGCUGUCGAGGCCUGGACUAACGCCACAAACCUCAAACCUACUCACUCGCAAGCUUGGAUCAAUAUGGCUGUAGUCUAUGAUAAUAUAGAAAAAUUUGAUGAGAGUAUUGCAGUGAGCAUGAAAGCCCUGAAAUUUCUACCAGAGGAACCACAGCUGUAUUUUAACCUAGGAAAUGUUUAUGGUAAACUGUCCAAGUUUGUCGAGAGUGAAAAGAAUUUCCUGAAAGCCAUCAAACUGUCUCCAAAAAAUGCCAAGUUUAUUGCUAAUAUGGCUGUUUUAUACCACAGAUGGGAAAAGAAUGACAAGGCAGAAGAACUGUAUAGGAAAGCAUUAUCUGUUAAUCCAAAUGAACCAAAUGUGAAGGAAAAUCUAGCCAUGUUGCUACGUAAAAUGAACAAGAAAGCUUCAUGAAGUGUCCAGACAUUGGGAGAAACCAUUUAGCUAAGAUCAAAUGCGACUCUUGCAUAGAGACUUGCAACUAUUUUUUCAGAGAGUCUUUUAAAACUGAUUGAACGCAUUCAGCUUAGAUCAAAUUUAAUGCAGCUAUUUUUUUUUCACAGAGACUUAAGCAAAAAUUGAAAACUAUUUUUAUGUUUGUGUGUAAUGAUUUAUCCUGUAUUGAAAUGUUGUACUAACUGUAAGCAUGAAUAUAUACCUUAACUUAUGAAUGUCAAUUGUUAAGUCAUAUAUGAUGGUGAAUUUUGGAAAUGGUAGACUAAAAGAUAGUACAAUGUUUAACAUACAUGCAGAAAUAGUAUCUCAAAAGUUUUUAUUUGAAAUAAGAAAAAAGUCUAAACAUUAUCAAAUACUGUAUAUGUUAUCAACCUCUACAAGGUCACAGAAUAUUGCAAUUUCAGCACCAUUCCAGUGUUAUACAGUUAUUAUGUGUUUAAAUAUCUGUACCUAGAAGCAAGAUAUUUAUGACACAACCUGUACAAAAAGUCUUGCAUGAAAAAUGGUAAUUUUACCCGAUGACAAUUCUCUGCUAUGGUUAGCGGACCUUGUAUUUCUUCCAGGGAAGAAUUCAUCAUGAUUUGAAGUGAAGGAGCAUUGGCAUUGCAUGGUGACAUUUUUUGUCUCCAUGGCAGCAAACCACUUGCGCCAAUCACUGCUGUGGGUUCAAAUCCUGCCAGGGACUUUGGAUUCUUUCAUGUAGGUAAGCUAUUCAGCUAGCUUACGGAAGAUUGGUGGUUCUACUCAGGUGCCCGUCCAUACCUGAAAUACUGCAUUAAGGAGCACCUUAGGUCUUCCUAAACCAGUAAAGCUGGAAAGUAGUCAUAUGACCUAUACUGUGUUGGUGUGACAAUAAAUCUAACCACGAAAAAUAAUCAUAGUAGCAACCUGAUUACUACGCAGCAUAAUAAUAGUGAUACUUAUACUUUCAUUUUUGUCUUUAUGCAUAUUUUUUGUUUGUUUUUAAUUUAACACUUAUUGUUUGAUAGAGCAUAAUGAUUUGUCUGUUGGUUGUGAAAUUCAAACCUUUUCAGCCUUUGUGAAUAAAUUUGCUGCUGAUCUGAACCCUUAACACAUGUAUGUAUUCAAUUGUGUGGGAUAAAAGUGCAUGUAGAAUUCAUUAAAUUUGAGCUGGGUCAUGACAAAACCAACAUAAUGUGUUUGCGACCAGCAUGGAUCCAGACCAGCCUGUGCAUCCGUGCAGUCUGAUCAGGAUCCAUGCUGUUCGCUUACAGACCCUAUAACAAGUACAGAAACUGAUAGCGAACAGCAUGGAUCAUGAUCAGACUGCGCGGAUGCGCAGGCUGGUCUAGAUAUAUGCUGGUCGCAAACCCAUUAUGUUGGUUUUGUCAUGAUGCGACUCAAUUAUAAGUAUCUCUAAUGUGCUAGGUACUUAGGAGAGUAUCAUUCAAUGUUAUUUUCUUUAUAUUUUUCACCAAUUUGUAUCAUUUAAAGUUAAUAUUAACACUGUAGAGAAAUUAUUGUACUAUUUACAUACUCCUCAUAGUUAUUUUCAUCUUAUGUUGAUACAUGCACUUGAAAAUAUGUACAUGCUCAGAAAUCUGUACAUGCUCAGAAAUAGUGACUAUAAUAUCUAAAAGUAAUAUAUAUAUUAUGUAGAAAAUAAUAUUACAUAUAUGUUUGUGAAAUCUCAUUUAUGACAUGAUGUGGAAAGAUUGCAAUAAAGUAUAUAUAUGCUAAUGUUAAACUGUUCCAAGGAUUAUAAAAAUGAUUAAAAUUUGAAACUAUCAAAUGAUUUUUCAAGGUAAUUAAAAGAGCUAGUGUAUCCUACUGUUUCUUAGAUUGCUUCAAGUAUUUCUAGAUUUAUUAUCAUUUUUAACUAUUUUGACUUAAAACUGUCAAAAUUUUUGUGCUUUAUACACAAAUUGUUAAAAAACUUCGUUCUUUUUGGAGGAAAACAUUUGGUUUUUUGUAAUGAAUCAGUAAUAUUUUUCUUUCUCCUAAAUAUACUGUAACCAAUCUUGAAACUGUAUAUUGUGAUAUUAAUAUGGGAUUGUUUUUUCAUGAGUUAGAAUCCUAGAACUGUGUAUUACAAUUGAAUGGAAUUUCUAGUUUUUGCUAAAAAUGUGUACAUUUCUCCUAGUUUUCAACAUUAUUUAUUUCUAGUUUUCUCCUGGUUUUUGUUUUUAGUAACAUGCUUUGUAAGAGAUGGUAUUUGUUCCUAAUCAAAUUUUAUAUCGGCAAUUAACACUUUUUUGUUUAUGUAUUUUGGAAGUUUUACAUAUCAAUAUAGACAUUGUCUCAUUGCUCAUUAUUUGCUCCACUAUGCGAAGUAUAGGGAGAGCUAUUGUACUCACCCAGGACUUGGCAUCACACUUUGGUUAAAUUUUGUUUGUUACAUUAAAGUUGGUAUCUCAAAAACUACUGAAGGGAAUGGGUUGAAACUUCAAACACUUAUCUGAUAGCAUACUAGAAUGUCACUCUCCAAGGCCCAUAACACUAAUAUGAAUUAUGACCCCUUUUUGAACUUAGAAUUUCUUAAUUAUCAAAGCUCUUGUUUUGCUACCCAUCACUGAGAAUAGUCGAGCACACUGCCCUAUUGACAGCUUUUGUUUUAUGUUUUGCAUUUAGAAAACAUGAUGUAUGUACUUAUGUUUGAAUAUUUUUUAUGUACACAUAUAUUUUUGCUUGAAGAUGUUAAGAUUAUUUUCAUAGCUUUUUACCAUAUUUUGUUAUUUGAGUAGAUUUUAGAAGACAGACCUUAUAUUAGUAUUUAGUGUUUGAAUUGAUUGUUUUACUUUUGUAAAAUCUACUAUUUUAUUUUAUAAAUAAAAUGUUCAGUUAUGUUUCAUGCCUAGACGUUUGUAGACUCAAUAAAGUUAGUGUCACACAGAAAUUUAUGUCUUCUUUGAAAAAUACAUCAUUUUAAUGGCUAUUUGACAGCCCUGAAAAAAAUACUUCUGUAAAGAAGUGUUACUUUUGGUAAAAGUGUAUUCCUACAGAAGUUUUAAAUCAGCUAAUUUCUGUCAAUAAAUAAAUACUGAUACUGUCAAAACCUUUAUCAAUAUCAUGUAAACAAAAUAUAACUUGGAGAUGAAUUUUCCUGCUGAGUCUACUUUUAAGUUAUACUGUAUAAGUGGUUGAUUUUGCGCCAUGGAAAUAUUUGCGAUUUUUGCGAAUUUAAAUUAUUCACAAAUAUUUGAUUGUGCAAAAAUUAUUUCUUUUUAGGCAAACUUCCUUCUAUCAUUUGAAAAUAUUUUCAUACAGAAUCUUACAUGAAUAGAAGUUUGACUGUACAGGUACUGAGAUUUAUUUAGGUAUCAAAUAACUGAAUAGAACAAUUACAAUAACUGCAUAUUCUGAACAUGUACCUGCUUAAACAAAAACAGUAUUUAAUUCAAGAAAUCAUAUUCUUGCAAACAUUUUGCAUGUAAAAAGUCCAAUUUUAGACUUCUGCAAAAUUUUUGUGACGCAUAAAUAUCCACUUAUACAGUAAUCUGUCUACAUGCUUUUGAUAGGAAUACCAUGAUGCUGAGGAGAUAUUUUUGUACUCAAAUUUGUAUAGAAGUUUUUUGAUCUCAAUGUUGUUAGAUGUCAUCAUUGUAAGAACAUUAAUAAAAUUACAUAUAAAAAAUCUUA